AUGUCGUGCAACUUGGAAGUUGCUUUGAAAAUAAAGAGUAGAAUUGAGAACAAACCGAUCGAUCAGAUCAAAGCCUUGUAUGAGGAGAAGGUUAGAUCGGACAAAUUCAAAUACCCAGACUCAAAUGUACAUGCGCCUGUUGAGGUGUUUAGGGGUUAUGAAGGACCAGAUUUGUAUAGUUACAAUAAGAGGCCCAAGAAGAAGAAGAAGAUAGAAUUUGACUGUAAAUUUUGCUUGGGAAAACUAGAAUAUAUCGCAAAAUCAACAUUCUCUUCACUAUAUUUCGAAAGCGAGGGAGAUUCCAUAUUGGCCAACCAAUUGUACAUAAUCCCCAAUAAACACAUAUCAAACACGAGACAGGUAGAUAGUGCCACUAGGGAGGAGAUUAGAAACUUCCAAAAGACUCUGAUACAGCUAUUUAGUACUAGGGGAUAUGCUAUUAUAUUUUACGAGAAUGCAUCGGAAAUACCCCCGGAAUAUAUGGCUAAAUAUGGUACACAUGUGAAAGUUGAGUGUUUCCCCAUUCCAUCGAAUCUAAUCCCAUUGGCAAGGACUUGGUUCAUGAAGAGCAUGCAGGACUUAGCAAAAAAUUGGCAAAGCAAAUCGUUCUAUACUGUGGAACCCAAGGCACUUGACAGGACAAUACCCGAGGGGUUCGCAUAUAUUCAUGUGGACUUUAACCUUUUCGGCGGGUUUCUAUAUCAGUGUAAAGAGAAGGUGGAUAGGGAAUUUGUAAACGGAAUAUUUAGGAGCAUAUUUGAGCUAAAUAGAUUUCACAAACCAUAUUUCAACACCAAUUAUGAUAUCGUAGUUGAGAGGUUCAGAAAGGAUUAUCAACCUUUCAAUUGGUGUAAGUGA